AUGUUGGUUCCAUAUGAGCCACCAGUGGUGGUAUGGUUUAAAAUUCUGCUCAGUACAUCAGACACCCUAACUUCAAUGGUCGCACACUUGACAAUGAUGUCGCUGUAUUGCGUGCUGCGUCCACUUUCUGUUGCAGCAACAAUGUUUGAGCUGCCAGUAUUGCUGGAUCCAACUAUGGUCUCGGUGUCAAUCAUGCUAUGGGACACCGCUAACAGAUGGCGUAUACGUGUUGGUUCAACAUGGGCCAACAGUGGUGGUACCGUUUACAACACUGCUCAGAUCAUUAACCAUCCAGACUACAAUGCUCGUACAAUUAACAACGAUGUCGCUAUAUUGCGUGCUUCCUCCACCUUCUCUCUCAACAACAAUGUUCAAGCUGGCAGUAUAGCUGGUCCCACCUACAACCUCGGUGAUAAUCAAGCUGUAUGGGCUGUUGGAUGGGGAACCACUACGUUCGGAGGAUCUGCUUCUGAGCAACUGCGCCAUGUCCAUGUCUGGACUGUCAACCAAGCUACAUGCAGAACCCGUUACGCUGAAAUAGGCAUAGACUGUCACAGACAACAUGUUGUGUUCUGGAUGGCUCGAUGUAGGCGGUCGUGA